AUGAAACAAUCCAAGCUCUCAUUUUCGUCCAAGCGCACUGGCUCAACUCCUGGCGGGAAGACUGUCGCUAAGCCUGCGCUCUCCAAACGGCCCUCGCACACCUCGUCCAAAUCUGGCUCCGCCUCCCCCUUCAUCGUCCUCUCUGACUCGGAUGAAGGUGCGGAAGACGGUGACGAGCGAGAUAAGUCCCUCAGUGUGAAGCGACGGAGGAAGAACGCCCCUGCGCCGGCCAAGGAGCCCGAGGCGGAGAAGGAGCCAGAGGCGGAGAGGGAGAAGUUGGAUGUGUCGGAUAAGCGUUGGCGGAAGCUGUACGGCGCGACAAGGGAGCAGAUGGGGCACAUCGACCCUGUUCAUGCGAAGGGAAAGAACAUGGUCGACCACAUCCUCCGCGUCUUUGACUUGUCGUAUGAGUAUGGUCCGUGUGUAGGGGUCCCUCGCAUGGAACGCUGGGAACGUGCGGAGGCUUUGGGCUUGAAUCCACCCCCUGAGGUGAAGACUAUCCUGCUCACCAGAGAGGGCACAGCCGACGAGCGAUACUCCCUUUCCGUCUUCCACGGUGAAGUUUAG